AUGGGCCCCGCCGCUCGCCCCGCGCUGAGGUCGCCCCCGCCGCCUCCUCCGCCGCCGCCGUCGCCACUGCUGCUGCUGCUGCCCCUGCUGCCGCUCUGGCUGGGCCUGGCGGGACCCGGGGCCGCGGCGGACGGCAGCGAGCCUGAGGCCGGGGCGGGGCGGGGCGGGGCCCGUGCUGUACGGGUGGACGUGAGGCUGCCGCGGCAGGACGCUCUGGUCCUGGAGGGCGUCAGGAUCGGCCCCGAGGCCGACCCGGCACCCGCGCUGGGCGGCCGCCUGCUGCUGAUGGACAUCGUGGAUGCUGAGCAGGAGGUGCCCGUAGAAGGCUGGAUUGCAGUGGCAUACGUGGGCAAGGAGCAGGCGGCCCAGUUCCACCAGGAGAGUCAGGGCAGCGGCCCGCAGGCCUAUCCCAAGGCCUUGGUCCAGCAGAUGCGGAGGGCACUCUUCCUGGGAGCCUCUGCCCUGCUCCUCCUCAUCUUGAACCAUAACGUGGUCCGAGAGCUAGACAUAUCGCAGCUUCUGCUCAGGCCAGUGAUUGUCCUCCAUUACUCUUCCAAUGUCACCAAGCUGUUGGAAGCACUGCUGCAGAGGACUCAGGCCACAGCCGAGAUCACCAGCGGAGAGUCGCUGUCAGUCAACAUCGAGUGGAAGCUGACCCUGUGGACCACCUGUGGCCUCUCCAAGGAUGGCUACGGAGGAUGGCAGGACUUGGUGUGCCUGGGAGGCAGUCGGGCCCAGGAGCAGAAGCCCCUGCAGCAGCUGUGGAACGCCAUCCUGCUGGUGGCCAUGCUCCUGUGCACAGGCCUCGUGGUCCAGGCCCAGCGGCAGGCGUCAAGACAGAGCCAGCGGGAACCUGGCGGCCAGGUGGAUCUGCUCAAGCUCCGCGUGGUGCGGAGACUGGCAUCCCUCAAGACCCGGCGCUGCCGUCUGGGCAGGGCAACCCAGGGCCCCCCAGAACCUGGUGCUGAGACCUGCGCCGUGUGUUUGGACUACUUCUGCAACAAGCAGUGGCUCCGGGUGCUGCCCUGUAAGCAUGAGUUUCACCGAGACUGCGUGGACCCCUGGCUGAUGCUCCAGCAGACUUGCCCGCUAUGCAAAUUCAAUGUCCUGGGGAACCGCUACUCAGACGAUUAGCUGCCCCUGCUGGGUCUCUGCAUGUGGGCAAAGGACCCUCCCGCCUGCACCCUGGCCCUUGGCCUGGGCUCCUGGAACAGUAGAGUGGUUGGACAGGAAGCCCUGCUGGUUGAAGGAAGGAUAGGGGCCUCUCCUGCCGAGGGGCAAGGCACCCCAUUAUAUUCAUACUGGGAAGAAGGGACCACGACCCCCAGAGUCUGGACCUGCCAGUCAAAAAAGAGAAGCCACCUUGGGGCCCUUCUCUACCAUCCUGGGGUGUCUGUGUCUGCCCUCCUCGAAGGCAGCUCCCAGGACCCUGGGCAGCGGCCUGGGGAAGGAGGGUGUGGGGCAGUGCAGCUGUUCCCAGGGCUCUGGCGGUUCUCUGACCUGUCAGGCCAUCCCUGGGGACUGAGGCUGCAGUGGCUGGCCGGGUUUUGUGCUUAUUUAUUGGGGGUUGGUUGUGGGAGGAGCUAUUUGGCCUUGGGGAUAUCCCGGCCUGACCGUCUUUCAGGACACAUCUUGGUCAAGGCUGUGGUGUUCACCCCAGAGGCCCCUCCACGGAUACUGCCCUCAGCCCUUGGACACUAGGAGCUGCAAGUGCUCCUGCCUGUUCAGCUGGGCUCCCUUCCCAGGCCUGGCUGGGACCAGAAGCCUUGAAGGCAUCCAAUCCUGUGCUUCUUGGCUGGGCUACAGGUUGCUGACCAGGAUACUUGAAGCUGCAGGAUAAAUGUGGUGCAUCUUUUAGGGACAGCCGGUUUUUUUAGAUUUGGGGUAGGGGAGGUUUAAUAUUGAAGUAAAUAUGGAUAUAUUUUAACAUAAGAGAUCAGAUUCGUGUGGAUGUCUUAAGACAGAAAAGUCGCGUUGGGCUCUCCUGCCUGUGGGAGGGAGAUUCUAAGACGGUCCCCAAGAUCCCCCCCAGCCCUCAUGAACAUGCCUUGUUGUAAACCUGCAACUGGGAGUCUGAUGGGUUUUACCCCCAUGAUUAGGUUAUAGUAGAUGGCAGAGUUGACCCUAAGAUAGGGAAGGUAUCCAAGAGGGCCUG